AUGGCUACUGUGUUCACAAAAGUAUUCGAGGAGCUCACAAGUCAUCUUAAUUUCACCGUGAAUAUUGUCUCACAAAAGCUCGAAUACGGUAUACGGAAUCGACAAACUCUCAUCUGGUCUGGAGUAAUGGGAGAGAUCGUAUAUGGCCGCGCGGAUUUCGCAAUCGCCGACGUGGCGUUGACGAGUUUUCGAAUUUGUUUUGUCGAUUUCACGCUGCCCUUGGUCGUAUCUAAAAUCAAUCUGUAUUUCAAAGAACCGGGAAUAUGUGGCGUCAAGUGGAUCGGCUACUUUCAGACUUUCAGUUCGCGCACUUGGGUUACAAUUAUCAUGUUGAUAACGACCGCACCGUUACUCUUAUUCUUCAUGAAAACAUGCCGCGAUCAAUCACGAAGUACCGUGGAUCUGAUCUCUGAGAAUUUCAUCUGCAUUUGGGGUAUCUUUUGCCAGCAGGCGCUUAUAGAAUUUCCGAAAAGUUCAUCACUGCGUGUCGCGUACUUCACGAUACUUUUGGCGGCGGUGCUAAUAAUGGCUCACUAUUCAGCGGCAUUAAUUUGCUUCUUGUCGGCGUGUAUUCACGUCUUACCUUUUCAAACGCUAGACGAAUUCGUUAACGAUGGUACCUAUAAAUUAAUCGUGAUACGCGAUAGUGCCGAUUAUGACAUAGUCACCGUAUGCAACGAGAAAAAUGUUGUUUUUAUGGCGACGAGUGCUCAAAAGAAAAGCCUAGAAAAGAAGUUACCUUGUAAGUUAUCAAGCAUCACUACUGAGAGGAUAAACAAUUUAGCAAUCAUCCUUUCCAAGGAUAAUCCAUACACAGGCGUGAUAAAUUAUUAUUUGCAGAAAUUUUUGAACAACGGUAUGAUAAUGCGUUUGAGGCAGACAUAUUCAUCGCAGUUGAUUGAAAAUAAGAUUUUCAAGCCGGUUUAUUUAUUUAACGUCAUUCCAAUUUUGGCAAUUCUUUGCGAUUUAAAAACGACGACAUUGGUGCAUACAUUGUCGCGCGAACUCUCACAGCAGCGAGUCAUGAUUAUGACCAUAACUUUUUCAAAUUUGAUGAGCAAAUACAAUAAUUACCAGAAGAAUAUCAGGCUGCCCUUAUUCGUCGUUCUCCUCGACACCGAGGAGACCAUAUGCGAAUUCGCCAAGACCACGAAGGGCAUAAAACCCAUUUCUUUCCCUAUCUGGUUGGUUGUGUUUCUUCAGCAUCUUGGAAACCCGCUUAAAGACUACUGCACGCAUCCUGCCAAUAACAUAUUUAACGUGGACGUCAGCACCCAGAUGCUGAUCCUGUGCUACAAUCGCCCGAUUCUAGUCGAGUGGUAUGCUAUUCGUGAUAAUUAUACUAAAACGUUUGAUCUGGCUACAUGGUCUCCUGAUAGAGGUCUGACCCUAAGAACACAAGAAAAUCUGUACGCCAGGAGGAGCGACAUGUUUGGUGAUGUUGUACGCGUGACGGUUGUAAAUAACUCGCCAUUAGUCACGCUGAAGAACGGUACGAUGGAUGGAUUUUUUGGUUUGCUACUGAUAGAGCUCAGCAAAGCGAUGAACUUUACGAUAAAGAUUCUGGAUCCAGUGGACUCAUUCGGUAGUUGGGAUCCGCAGAAUGGUUGGUCAGGUGCGAUUGGCAAGUUGGUGAACAAUGAAGCUGACAUCGGCAUAGCCGCAUUCACAGUAACAAACGAUAGACUAAACGACGUCGACUUUUCGAUACCAUUGAUACGUACACAAUACCGCCUCUAUUUGCACGAGCCCAUCACGCCUUACGUGCAAUGGUUCUGGUACUUUAAGGUAUUUAGUCCUGGAGUUUGCGUUAAAUUAAUAAUGAUAAUAAUAAUUGCUUCUAUUUUGUUGACUGUUAUUAAAGCAAAAGGAUUCUCGAUGAGCAUAAUAUCUGACAACUAUAUUAAAGUUUGGGGUAUUUAUUGCCAGCAAGGUCUGCCGGUAAUAAUUCUGUCCUCCUAUUUCGCCUCAUUGAUCAGUUAUUUGGCACUCAAUACAGCUAAACUGCCUUUUUCCACUUUGGAGGGAUACGUUGAGGACGGCACUUACAAAUUACUCGUUCUACAAAACAGCGCUGAAUACGACAUUCCUCUUUAUACCAAGGACCCCUUAUUACUGAAAAUGUACGAAUUGCGGGAAGAUAAGGAAUAUUUACCAUUUAAUUUGUUUGAGGGAUUCAAGAAAAUUUGCGAGCGGAUGGACUUGGCGUUUUAUACGACGGAAGUAUUCAAAAACUAUUUGAGCAUUUAUAUACAGUGUGAGCUGGUAUAUAUUAAUACCGGAAGAAUCGAUAAUAAUGCGAUAACUUUAAAGAAAGGAAGUCCUUAUACUGGCUUUAUAAAUUACCAUUUGAGGCGAUUUCAACUUAACGGCGUUGUAAAUAAGUUAAAAAACAAGAAUCCCUCAACAAUUUCAAUGAAGAGCGUUGGUAAUUUUACGGUUGAUAUAACCGAUGUAACGCCAAUUUUAACAAUUGUAAUAGGCAGUACGGUCCUGUCAUUAUUUAUCUUGAUAAUCGAGAAAGUGUAUUAUUCAUUUAAAACUCCAAACUUUAAGAAUGAUGAAUCCAUUACGAAAUUCACCUACAAUCUUAACGUGAGAAAUAAAUUGCGGAAGGAAUACGAGAAGGACUAA